AUCACUUGUCCCUUCAACCAUCCAUAUUCCAUCCGUCUCCCCACACACUGGCCAUCUGAUAGUUUGGUGAAUCUAUUAUCUGACCAAAGCAACUUCGUUUGCAUGGACUACGCACUACGGCCUCGCACAAGGUGACAAGGCAACAGUAGCCCCCGCCAUGUCCAAGAUCGAGAAGCUGUCCAUCCAGGGCAUCCGGUCCUUCGGGACCGGAUCUGGCCGUGAGACCAUGCAGUUCUUCACCCCGCUGACCCUCAUCGUCGGCUACAACGGCUCGGGAAAGACCACCAUCAUCGAGUGUCUCAAGUACGCCACCACCGGCGAGCAGCCCCCCAACUCCAAGGGCGGCGCCUUCGUCCACGACCCCAAGCUCGUCGGCGAGAAGGAGGUCUUGGCCCAGGUCAAGCUCGCCUUCUCCUCCACCACCGGCGCCAAGUACGUCGUCACCAGGAACCUGCAGUUGACCGUCAAGAAGACCACCCGCUCCCUCAAGACCCUCGAGGGUUCCUUGGCCAUCAACCGGAACGGCGAGCGGUCCGUGAUAUCCACCCGCGUGGCCCAGAUGGACGACCUGAUCCCGAAAGAGCUGGGCGUCUCCACUGCCAUCCUCGACUACGUCAUCUUCUGCCACCAGGACGAGUCCCUGUGGCCCAUGAGCGAACCCGCCGCCCUCAAGAAGCAGUUCGACCAGAUCUUCGAGGCCAUGCGCUACACCAAGGCCAUCGAAAACCUCAAGGUCCUCCGGAAAAAGCAGGGCGAGGAGCUCGCCAAGCUCAAGAUCCACGAGCAGCAAGACAAGAUCAACAAGGAGAAGGGCGACCGCGCCGAGAAGCGAUCCCUGGAGCUGCAGUCGAGCAUCGAGGCCGACAGGGACCAUUGCACCGCCAUCACCCACGAGAUGGACGAGCUUGAGGAGAAGAUCAGGAAUACCCAUAUCAAAGCCAACAGCUUCCUCAACAUCGUCAACGACCUGCGGUCCAAGCAAGACCAGCUGCAGUUCCGCGAGUCGGCCGUUGCCGAGCUGCAAGCCAGCCUGGAGGAGCUGCUCGACGACCACGACGACCACGACGACCAGCGUCUGCGGGACUCCCUCGCCCAGUACGAAGAGCGCAUGGCACGCUACGAGGCCGAGGAGCGCCAGAACAGGGUGCAGUUCGCCGAGCUCCAGCACCACCUCGCGACAUCGAGAAAGGACUUGUCCGCCAAGCUGGCCGACCGCGGGAAGCACCAGUCCGACAAGGAAAAAUACGAGCGCCAGCUGGCCUCCCGCGUCGAGCUGAUCCGGGAAGCCGCGGAACAGCACGGCUUUCGGGGCUACGACGGCGACCUCAAGGACGGCCAGAUCAAGGCUUUCAACGACAGGAUACAGAAGCUGCUGGCCGACAAGAAGCGCGACCUGGACCGCGUGCAGAAGGAGAACGCCAAGGAGCUCGACCAGGCCACCGCCGUCAUCACCGACCUCGAAGCCCGCAAGUCGACCCUGACCCAGAACCGCGCCUUCGCGAAGCAGCGCAUGUCCGCCAUCGACAAGCGCACCAGCGUCUUGCAGAACGACGUCGACGUCCUCGACGUCGACGAGGGCGCCUUGGCCGUCUUGGACAGCCAGUUCGACGACGUCGACGCCCGCUUGAGGAAGACGGGCGAGACCAUCGAGGCCUCGGCCUUUGACGCGCAAAUCGAAAAGGAGAACGAGAGGCUCUGGCAGCUGGAAAGCGAGGCCGAGAGGUUGGCCCGCGAGCUGAUGGAGUGCACGAGGCUGGCGUCCGAGCGAGCCCAGCUGGACUUUAGAAAGAAGGAGCUGACCGACCGGAAACGAAAACUCGAGGCCUUGAUCAACACGUGGAAGGCCAAGCUCGACGCGCAGCUCGGCGGCGGGUGGGCGGCGGAGACCCUCGAGUCGGCAUACCAGGACGUUCUCAGGCGGCACGGCGACUCGGCGACGAACGCUCGCCAGCGACGAGAGCAGGCGAGAGAGAAGCGCCAGAAAGUCGACUACCGGCUCAAGACGGCCAAGGAAACGCACCAGAAGAAACUGGACGAAUCCGGGCGUUGCGAGAAGAAGGUCGUCGAUGUGCUGAGGGCGAUCCGAGCCGACGCCACCAUCGACGACUAUUCCGAGGAAGUGAGGAUCCACGAGGAGGAUGUGGAGACAUAUUCCACCGACAUCAGCCUCUUGGAGGCCCUGUCCGACUAUUAUCAACAGUGCCACGAGUACCUGCAGAAGAAGAACAAGUGCAAAAUGUGCGAGAGGGGGUUCGACGAGAACCAGGCCGUCGCCAAGUCGCGAUUCGUCGAGAGGCUGACCAAACGCAUCGACCCGGCCAAGCGUGAGCUCGCCAAGGCCGAUCUGGAAAAAGCCCAGGCUGGUCUGAACCGGCUGCGGUCGGCGAAGACGCAGUACGAGACGUACGAGAGGGUGGUGGCCGAGCUGCCGGGCCUGCAAGACGAGUACAGAGCGCUGGAGGCCGAGCUCGAAACGCACGACCGACAGCUGGAGGCACACGACGAGGCGGUGGCGGCCGAGGAAGAAAAGCUGAGGGAGGUCGAGUCGCUGAACAAGACGGUCAUGAACAUCGCCCAGGGCGACAGGGAUCUCAAGGAGUCCGAGGCCCUGGUCGAGCGGAUCAUGUCGCAGCAGUUGUCCGGCGCGGCGACGCGGCGGACGGCCGACGAGGUCCACGAGCUCCAGGCGACGUGCAACGACCAGAUCCGGUCGAUCACGACCUGCGUCGCCAAGCUCACGGCCGACCGCCAGCGCCUGAAGGACCAGCUGAACGGCCUCGAGCUGGAGAAGAGCGAGCUGCGGAACAAGCUGGGCGCGGUCCGGAACCAGCUCGAGCGGAAGAAGGACUUCGAAACCCAGAUCCACACGCUCAAGGACGAGCAGGCGCACCAGCGGGAGCUGAUCCACAAGGCGGACCAAGACCUCGAACGCAUCGAGCCGGAAAUCUCCACGGCCCGCGGGGUCCGCGACGACGCGCUGCAGCGCGGCCGGGCCAAGGAGCACGUCAUCGCCGAGGAGCGGGACAGGGUGGCGUCGUCGGUGACGGAGCUCAAGAUGGUGGAGAGCGACAUCCAGGACUACGUGGCGCGGGGCGGGCCGUUGAACCUGGCGGCGAACGAGCGGGCCAUCGGCGGGCUGGAGCAAGCGAUCGCGACGACGGAGAGGGACAUGUCGGACCUCACGCUGCGCACGAACAAGCUGCGGCAGGACAUGGACAACGGGGACCGCACGAAGCAGAACAUCGGCAACAACCUCAAGUACCGGGCCAACCGGCGGCAGCUCGAAAGCCUGCGGCGGGAGGUGGAGUCCCUCGCGUCGCACAAGGCGGGCGACGACUACGAGCAGCUCCGCGAGGAGGCGCGGCGGCUGGAGAACCAACACAGCCGGCUGGUGGCGGAGCGCGGGUCGGUCAUGGGCCAGAUGAAGACCAAGGACGAGGAGCUGGCGCGGCUGCUGGCGGAGUGGGAGAUGGACUACAAGGACGCGGCGCGCAAGUACCGCGCGUCGCACAUCAAGGUGGAGACGACCAAGGCAGCCAUCGAGGACCUGGGGCGGUACGGCGCGGCGCUGGACAAGGCCAUCAUGCAGUACCACGGCCUCAAGAUGGAGGAGGUCAACCGCAUCGUCGACGAGCUGUGGCGCAGCACCUACCAGGGCACCGACAUCGACACCAUCCUCAUCCGCUCCGACAACGAGGCCGCCACCGGCCGCCGCUCCUACAACUACCGCGUGUGCAUGGUCAAGCAGGACACCGAGAUGGACAUGCGCGGCCGCUGCUCCGCCGGGCAGAAGGUGCUGGCCAGCAUCAUCAUCCGGCUGGCGCUGGCCGAGUCGUUUGGCGUCCACUGCGGCCUCAUCGCCUUGGACGAGCCCACCACCAACCUCGACCGGGACAACAUCAAGUCGCUGGCCGAGAGCCUGCACGCCAUCAUCAAGGCGCGGCGCGCGCAGAGCAACUUCCAGCUGAUCGUCAUUACCCACGACGAGGAGUUCUUGCGGCACAUGCGCUGCAGCGAGUUUUGCGACAGUUUUUUCCGGGUGAGGAGGGAUGAUAAGCAGUGUAGCGUGAUUUCGCGGGAGAGCAUUACUCGGAUUGUCUAGUGUUUGUUGUGGGGGGCGUUAUUUUUUCUUUCGUUUUUUUUCUUCAUCAUAAACUGGAAUUUUGCGACAGGCAUAAUGGGAAUCGGGGGGUUAGACAGGAGUUUAUAGGGCUCUGCUAAUUUCAUGUCUGGCACUGGCAUGUUUGAACCCGCACUGAAGACGUGCGGCAGACACCCUACGAUGUUAUCCGAAGCCUGCAUGAUCCGUAAUUCUACCCUAUUAACACCGUCCUCCACCCUUUCGUGGGUAUGGUCCCAGUCGUUAGAAGCUCAUACGCAGAGAAUAGUUUUCGUUCCAAGGCC